AUGUCGCAGUCCGUGAGCAACGGCUUUCAGAAAAAGAAGCCAGAAGAACUGUCAUGGCCCUGCUCGACUUCUCGCGGGCGUAUGACAGAGUGUGGAGACGACGUGUCGGUGCGGGCGACGGACUGGUACAAGGAAGAGGCGGGUCGGAGAGUGCAGCAGACGGUGGACAACAUAGUGAAGUGGGUUAAGGAGAAGAAAAUGCUCCUCAACACUGAAAAAGGCAAGACGGAAGUGACGUUCUUCGCAGCCGGUUCGGUGGACGCCAAAUGGAUCCCGAAGAUCAUCCUGUACGAUAAGGAGAUGGAGUUCAACGCGAAUCCGAAGUUCUUGGGCGUCACCAUGGAGAGGACAUUGUCGUUCCAGCAGCACGUGGACGCAGUGGUGAAGACGGUGGAAGCCAGAUGCAAGGCUAUUGCAGUUCUAGGUGCGUCGGACUUUGGCUGGAAGACGGAGCAGCUCAGAAAGUUCUUCUUAGCCACGCAGAAGAGUGUUAUGGAUUACGCCGGCCCUGGUUGGCAACCAUGGCUCUCCUCCACGCAGAUGGACCGUCUCGACCGAGCCCAUAACAAGGCACUGAGACGCGUGACUGGUCACGCGUGCUCCACACCAAUAGAAGCAGUCCGCCUUGAAGCUAAUGUGCAGAGCUACCAGACUACUAGCAGGAGACUGACAGCGAUCUCCUGGGAGAAACCCGCAGUAACUGGAGAGCAAGCGAAGAGGACUGCGGAUCAGCUACCGGAGGAGUUGGAGAAGAGAGAAGUCUUGAGUGUGGAAGCCCCCCCUUGGAUAGAAGAGAGACAACGGUGGACCGCCUUUCCCAAGCUGAUGGGAGAAAAUAGAAGCGACAACAGUGUAGAGAAGGCCGUCAACACUAUCAACGACAACUGCCCUGAGUUUGUGAUCUACACGGAUGGCUCCGCGGCGGAAGGAACCAGAGACGGCGGAUCUGCAGUUGUAGUAACGACAGGCGACCCCCGCGAGCCAGAGGUGGUACAGGAGAUCAAGAUCAGAGGACGCACGCUAACCUCCUCUUACGAAGAAGAGCGAGAAGCCCUGCAGGAAGCAGCGAAGUGGAUCGAGACGAACACGAGAGCAGGGAACAACAAGGUCAUGACUUGCACAGACAGUCAAUCUCUAGUUGAGGCCAUUUCGAACAGCUCCAACAUCAGGUCCUCCCUUAACCGCGCUGGAGCACACACGAUCAUCCAAUGGGUACCCGGACACGUUUCCAUACCCGGCAACGAAAUGGCAGAUAAAUUGGCAAACGAGGCAGCCAAUUCCAGAGAAGAAGAACUGAUACCGGUCUCACUGAGUUGCGCCAAAUCCUGUAUCAAGAGAACCAUGAAGGACGGAGACCCCUCUCACCACAGGAUAGCGGCCGUGUACUCCAACCAUUCCAGAGUGAGAGACAAGGAGGCUACCAAAACAAGGAAGGACGCGGUUCUGCUAGCAAGACUACGGUCAGGCCACUGCAUGGCCUUCUCAGCUUACAAGAACCUGAUGGACCCGAUGAUAGACCCCUCUUGCAGACGAUGCAACCAAGAUAGAGACACUGUUGAACACUGGCUAGACUGCCCUGGCACCGCAGCUACUAGACAGGAGUUAUUUGGAACCAUCAACACCGACCUUGGCUUUCUUACCCGAUACCCGACCGAGACGUUAACGUUGGCAGCAACGACAUUGCCAAAAAGCAUUACCCGCUGA